UGCCGGCUCCAAUGAAGAAAAACAAUGGCAAGAACCUAUAUACACCAAGGCGUCGUUUAAUCCCCGCUAGUUUUUCGAACAACAUCACAUUCCAAAAGCAAAACUCUUGCAAUUGGUAAUAUUUCAGGAGCAUUCGUCCGCCAUGUUGAAUUGGUAACCGCUGGCUUUAAUACUGCAGACGCAAAAAUUUACAACCUUUUCCCCAGGGCCUUCUCCUCGAUGAUAUUUUGAAAAGUGGAGAAGGCCCUGGGGACGAGGUUGCAUAAAGGUAAACACUCCAGCCGGCUAGGAACCCUCAAUCGUAUAAUACAGAAUGCAGAAUCAAGAAGAAUCGCUUCGUUACAGUCCAUACUUUAUAAAGAAAUCACAAGUGGAGCAGAGUGAUCAGGAAGCUGGAGGUAGUAGUGAUGCCAUCAAUUUAGAAAAGCAAAAUCAGCCAGGAAAAUCUCCUAAGAAACCAAGGCGAGCAAUAAAAAGAUUUGGAGAAAUGUCUGAGGAAGAUGUACUGAAAAUGAAACUACCUGAACAUCUGGAUUACAAUUUGGAUAUUUUAUUUGUAGGAAUAAAUCCAGGAUUGAUGGCAGCUUAUAAGGGACAUCACUAUGCUGGAGCAAAUAAUCAUUUCUGGCGCUGCCUUUAUGAAUCAGGCUUAGUGCCAGAGAAACUGACCCAUCUAGACGAUGUUAGAUGUCCAUCUUAUGGAAUAGGGUUAACAAACAUGGUUGAACGGACAACAAGAGGAAGUGCAGACCUUUCCAGACAGGAAAUGAGAGAUGGCAAGGACGAACUUAUACGAAAAGUGGAGCAGUACAAGCCAUUGAUAGUUUGUUUCAAUGGAAAAGUAAUCUACGAGUUGUUCUCUGGAUCCAAGUGUACAGUUGGUCGUCAAAAAGAUCCUAUACCUGGAACUAACACGGUUGUUUAUGUGAUGCCUUCCACAUCCGGCAGAACACAAACAUAUCCUCGCGCGACUGACAAGAUUCCUUUCUUCGUGGAGUUAAAAACUCUUCGAGAAGAAGUAAAGAGAAAGAAUGCGGAUACGUGUAUUGGCAAACAAUGAAAAAUCGGAACCAAAAAAAUACAAUUACAGUUGGACCCCGCUAAUUCGAACUCAAACCCUUUUCCCAUGGAUUGGUCCCCUGGU